CUGUCGACUGACAGUCGGUCGGUGAUUAUUUGAUUUCAAUUCAUGUUUUGAACAUUUCAAACACAAAUAAAUAUUUUUUUAUGAAAUAGGGGAACAAUUCCGUAGAAAUAUCUAAGAUGUUAUAAAUUUGAAGUUCAAUUAUUAUAAUUAAGGGUUUAUCCAUUAACAAUGAAUGAUAAAAUUUACGAAAAAAUGCUGCUGCGCCGACGAUUUUUCAAAAGAGCCUCUUUGAUGGUAAUCGCCUUUACCAUUUCAUUCUAUGUAUCGGUUCUUCUAUUUGGUGAUCUGAAAGCUCCACGAGUUAUGCAACUGACGGACUUGGGUCGCUGUCCGGCUUGCUACGGAGUGUCUGUGUGUCCAGAACUGUACUCCAACCAAAUUAUUAUGGAAACUCAUAGAUGGUCAAGCAUGUUUAAUACAAAGAACAUUUAUUACGGCUACACCAGGUCGAAUAGAAGAGUUAUUUUGAAGAAAUUGGCACAUAAUUCCGAGCUGCGGACUUUUGAUAAUAGUCUGUGUAAAAACUUCAACCUUAAAAGGAACUGUAAGCCCAUACAUUUGCUGAAUGCCUCCAACAUUGAUGAUAAGUUGAUCAAACUUGUGGAAUAUAACUUAUCUGUGCCAGAUCCAAGGCCUAGGAAGGGCCUUGUAAUGUGUCCAUAUGCACAUAGUCUCUACGAUUUCAUAAUACCAGUACUCAACAGCAAAAAGGAGCAAGUUGAUAUCGUCAACAUCUGGACCAUGCUGAGUAUUAACCCAGAACCUAUUGUAUUACAGGUGUUACAAAAGUCUAGUGGAUGGCCAGUACCAGCGUAUGCUGGUGUCUGUGGUCGUGUUGAGGUUGUAGCCUAUGAGGGUGAACCUCUUUCGUCAUUAACUCAUGUGUCCUGGUACAGAAAGUUAAAGUUUGCUAAAAAAAUCCUGGAUGCUGCCAUGGACUUCACUUUUAAACAUGAUAGAUUCCGGUUCUACCUCAUGGAUUGGUCAGUAGACAACAUAGUGGCAAACGAAAAGGAUGACAUUACCUUCGUAGACCUUGAGGACAUAAUCAUUUUAGACAAGCACAUUUCACCGAAACCAGACUUACCAAAUUGGUAUCAACGAUACACCAGAGAAGUUAUGGGCACGGGAUUCUCAUUCUCCAUAGACAAUAUGUGCAAACAUCAUCUAAGUGACCACAACAUAUGGGCGGCCUGUUUCAUUCUGGCCGGUGAUGAAGAUCCUUAUCUGAGUCCCAUACCCGAAGAGGUUCAAACUUCAAAACCUCAUUUGGAGAGAUUACUGAAGGAGUGCCUAGAUGGUGAAGACAGGUUUAGAACUAUUACUAAUUUGCAACAUGUUCUUGGUGAUAUGCUCACUGAUGAGAACAUUGUAGGCUAUAGUGCAGUUAUUAGGUGAUAAAUUAAUUAUGACAAUGGCGCUAGAGUGCUCUCUUUGGAUCCGUAAUAAUUAUGAUGUGCCGUAGGUGUUAUUUUGAAAAAUAAUACUCAAAAAUUAUGCUCAUGGUGAAGUAAUAUUUUUACUUGCAAUGUGGUUUUUUUUAUUGUAAGUUUGUGAUGUUAUUUCCCUUUGCGGACUCUAAAAGAGAAGCUUUGUCCUUUAUAAAUUUAAAUAUUUAAUUGUAUAAAUGUUUGGAAUAGCUUUUGCUCUCAAUAUAGCCCUAUAGAAAAAUCUCAUGUAUUUGUUUAGGUAUAUUGUUAUAUGAAAUCUGUGAUAUACCUCCAAGAUUUAUUUGUUUUUACAACAAUUAAAUUGGUUGUGAAAUAAAUUUUAUGUUAAAUAAUUUUAUUUAUACAUAAAAAUAUUUUAA